UUUCAGAUGACGUUAGAACCAAACUGAGCUUAAUAGAGACGCAGAGAAGGAGAGAAGUCGUGUGUGCUUUCUUUGCUUCUUUCGUCAAUAUAUUUGUCUCCGUAAUAUUCUGAAUGGAAGCUUCUUUAAAUGGAUUGGCUGGAACUGUUAAACAUAGUGCAUCAAAAGAAGCUAUAAAUAUUGCAAAAGAAACUCUGAAAACUUUUAAUGACAAAAAAGAUGUCCCAAUAGUUCAUCUUCGUGAAAAAUGUCUCGCUGCAUUCGAGCUUGCUUUUGAUCAUGGCAACGAGAAGCAUUUCCAUCAUGCGGUUGAUGGAGUACAGGUUCUUCUUCGUGAUCAAACAUAUCAUGACACAAUCACAGAAGAGCCCCAAAAUAGUCUACCAUCUCAAGUUCUACUUGCAAUGACUGGGAUCGAUGAAUGGAAAAGCCAACUUCAGUGCAAAUGUGUUACUCUUCUUGUUGAAAUGGUUUGCAGCAACGAGUUGAAAGUUUCGAUGAGUGAUGUGGAACAGUGUGUCCAGAUCUACAAACGUUUGUAUGGAAAAAGUGAAGAAGAAAGAGUGCGAGUUGCUUGUCGAGCUGCCACAACACAGUCUUUAUCUGCAUAUUUCUCAAACCGAUAUGCUGCAUGUGAAGCUCAACAAGAAGCAAUUGCAGUUUACAUGGAUGUCGGGAAACUGUUAGAGGAACUUUGUGCAGAAGUAGAACAAAUGAGUAGUGCACACGAACAGUGCCUAAUUUCAUUGGAUGCUAUCUGUGCUCUUUUGACUACUUCGAAUUUGAAGAUUCUUUCGCAUCAGCCAUUUGUUAAUUUGUUAUGGGAAAAAGUAUGCCCACUUAUAAUUCUUCUACUUGGAAUUCCUCAAAAAGGAAUGAGCAGUUCAUCAAAAGUAUCAGAAAGUGGAGGAAACGAAGAGCCAGUUGGAGAAGGACAAAUUGAUUUUGCACUGGCACCGUCUGUUAUCACGAAUCCAUACACAUGGAGAGCUCUUUAUCAAAUCGUUGACCAACUAAUUCGUCUAAUGAUUUCCGAUCCUUCACUGGCUUCAUCUCUCGAAGCACUUUUCCAUAAGGCAUUCUUAUUUCCUCGAUUAGAUCAACGUACGGAAGCACUCAAACUGAUCAAGAAAAUACUGGGAGAUGGAUCGAAAAUUAGUAAAAUCGCAAAAAGUUGUGUCACUACCAAAUCGCUGUCUCUAUGGAGAAUGUUGAUGACUUGUAUAGCUGAAUGUACAAAUCCACAGCUAGAAUUAAGCAUCGACGCAGUCAAGACAAUUGUUGCAAUGCUGGAUGGUAUGAAGCAACUCUCUACGCACAAAUUCUUCACUGACCAGGAACGAAAAUUGAUUGCAGACACGUUUAGUUGUGUCGAUGAUACUAUUGUUAACAGCUUCUCUCUGAAAUGUUCUGAACGAGUUUCCGAUAUUUGCACAGUUGACGAGGAUACGGAAAACGUUUUUGAUCAAUCGACAAAUAGCUCUGCACCGGAAGAUCCAAUGGCUGCAAAAUUAAGAAAACUGGAACAGAAGUUUAGAAAUGCGCCAAUUGCAACGAGAAGAUCGAGUGAAUUAGAUGAAAGUAGUGAAAGAAACACUGCAAAAAGUUUCGUGCAGGCUCUUUCAGAAAGUUUAGAUAUCAUUGCUGCUCCAAAGAACACACUUUCGAUUGAUGAAGCUAUUUUGCAAUUUUCUUCAAACUUUUAUGAAAACUUCUGUUCUGUGCAUGCGGACGCCUACAAAUCCCGUUCAAAAAUUCAACAAGAAUUUCUCAAUACCGAUGCAAUUUACUUGACAGCCUAUGCUUCUCUAUGCUAUAUCUCCCAUCCGGACACAUAUACCCUGGAGGAUCUCAAAAAAACAGUACUUCAUUCGGGAUGUGUGGUCCACGUGGCAAAUGGAUGGCUGGAUAAAGUGUUUGAUAAUCUUAAAAUGACAGAUGCAAAUGUAUCACAAAUCACUCCAACGUUGAGAAAUGUAAUAAACGAUUUUGACGGACGAGCCAAGGGAUUGCUGUCAGAUGUAGAAAAAUUGAAGAGAAUCAAGACACGGCAAGAUGAAGUUGAAUGUACUGAAGAAAAAAAUGUGGCACGAUGGAUGACCAGUUCGGCAUGGCAAAUGAUCAUUGACGUGCUCUCAACUUUUUUGGCAGUUAAGGAGAAAAGGAAAACUAGGGAGAAGAUUCGAGAAGCAAUUUCAGUGUCCAUAUGUGGAAUGAGGAACUUAUGUGCAGUGGCACAAGUUUUAGGUCUUGAAUCUCGAUGUGGUUGGAUAUUCGAGCAACUUGUAGAGACUUCAUGCUGCUUAGAAGAUCUUCGAGAUGAUGCGAUUGCAGGUGAUAAUGAACAAAAAUCCACGUGCACUUCCCGGGAGCAUUUGUUAGCAAUGCAAUUGGUACUUGAUGAAGCUAGAAUUGCAAUUCAUGCUUCUUCGUGCUGGAAGUAUAUUGUUAGAUGCUCCGAGUACGUAUGGGAGCUGGAGAAGUACAUUUAUGGUGCUCUGUGCUAUGAAAAACCUUCACGAUUAAAGUUUUUGCGACGAAAAACCGAAGAUAAGGAGGAGGAUAAGGAAGAGAAAACAACAGCCGCUGACAGUUCAAUUGAAAAUGCUCUUGGAGAUGAGCCAACGUUGUCUGUUCAUUCAUUAAAUAGAGCCAUUUGUGUGCUCAUCGCCAAAGUCGACAGAUUCUAUUCCAAAGUGUGCCGAGAGCUAUGUCUUCCUGCCCUUCAUGAUUUAUGUGUGGCUAUCAUUUCUUCGUCUGAAAAUCGAGUUUUCUAUACUGCCCAGAAACAUAUUCACCUUACGGCACCAGUUUCACUAUUAUCAAGGAUCUCUGACAUUAUUUCAACUUUAUCACAUCGUCCUUUAGUUCAUCAAAUGUUUAUCUAUCCACUUGUAUCAGCUCAUUUUGUGAAAGUUAGUCAAUGUGAUCAAGAAUCAAGAAUUGCUGCGUCUGCGUUAGCUGAAGUUGUGACAAGAUUAUUAGUCAGCGAAUCACCUGGAAUGUCUUUUAAUCAGACGCUCAUUGGACCGUUUCAAACUGCUUCCUGCUCUGAAAACUGCUCAGAAGAAACUAAAGAACAGUUUUUAUCCUCUCUAAGCCAGCUUGUACAAUCACAAGCCGAUAAAAUAGGAUCUGGAUGGAAACCUCUUUUCGGAUCUCUGAAAGCAGUCGGAGCAGCUCGUGACGAAAAAGUACACUGGUGUGCAAUUGAUGUUAUUUCCUCGUAUCUUCGUAUCGAUAGUCCACCGGUUUUAUCAUCGAGCAUUCUUGAAUGCGUACCAUGUGUAGUUAAUUUGCUUCAAAACUCGGAAGAUUCUUCGGAAGUAUCAUCUGCAGCUCUUCGACUUCUACCGAACAUUUACUCAUUGAUAUUAUACCUCUACAGUACUCCACAUGUACCCAAUUAUCAUUUAUUGCAUCGAUCAGAUUUGAGAUCAAAAUGUUUGGAUACGGUAGAAAUGGAUCAAGAUCCAAUUGAAGUUCCUCAUGGACCAUUUCCAUGGAAUGAAAAACAAACAUAUGAGAUUGCUGGAGUUGAACUAUUUUUGACAUUCAUGGAACAAAUUUGCGGAACUCUUCUGACGUCAUCUCCAAAUACUCAAAAAAAUCUUCUGGAUAUGAUUGGACGACUAUUAGUUGAUAUUUCCACAAAACCCCUUGGAGCUGAUAGUGGAGGAGUUUGUAUGUCUGCUGUAAUUCUUCCAUAUGUACAAAAAUGGAUCAGAAGACUCGAUGUGGAAGAGGUGAAGAUCUUGAAGCAAGUGAUUGGAGCAUGUACGCAGACAGUUAUUGAUAUGCUGGAAUUGGAGAAAAUGUCAUCUUGGCAAGAUCGACUUCUUCGUGACAUUUGCGCGUUGAUUGUUGAAUGUGUACUAUUCGACAAGACCUGUGCUGUGGCUCCCGCUUAUUUUACAUUGAUCGCGAUGAACUCUUCGAAGUUUUCAACUCAGCAGUGGAAUAUAUUUUCGAAUUUUUUGGCUACUGCCUCAACACAAAGCCUUCGUCAUGUCAGACUUUUAAACUCAUUUUUCGUUCGAAGUUCCACAGAUGAGAAUGGUGACAUUGGAGAUGUUACCUCAUAUAAUCCUGGGAAACUGACAUUCAGACAGUUGAUAGCUGCAGUUCAAGUACUUUCAUCUCAAAAAGAGAAGUCGUUGGGACAGAAAGAAGAAGAGGACUUGAGCUCAGGAGUGGCACUUAUCAUGCUUUCACACGGAGCUGAUACUCAUCGAUUAGAAGUUCAUUCAAUAAUAUCUUCUCUAUUUACACAUUGCUUACUUCUUCAAUUGAUUGCAUCACUCCUACUAUCAGAAGACUCAAACCCAAAAUUGAAAGCAACAUUAAUUGGAUCAACGUCCCCGAUUGAUCCAAAACUUGAUGAUUCAAUCUACCCGAUUCUAUAUAAUAUUCUCAAUGAGUCUUCGGAAACGAGUUUAGAUUUUGAUAGUCGUCCAGCUGUGGGAAGUUUGCUGUCAAGAAUGUUAGGAAUUAAACAUGCUAAUUUGCUCAAAGCUCUAGUAAGCUCUAACCUGACCAAAACUAUGAGUUUGCUUCGAAGGUUCGAGAAAACAAAGAACACAGAGCUACUACCAGAAAUAGCAAAAGCUGUGAAAUCACGUAGUGUUGACUUAAAGAGUGUGGAGUUUGAAGUGAGCACCAGAAGAAGUGCUUUUGUCACUAGAGAACAUGCUAUUACACAAUACCACCUGGUUCCCGUUGACAAUGGAGAGGAGAAUGCAUACAAAUUAGUGUCUCAAGAAUUUGUAGACGGAGCAUUGAGUGAAUAUGACAAGCAUCGUGACCGCCUGAAACCCUUCAUCCCGGAUCGUCGUAACCCAUUCCAACACGCAAUCGAUGAUUCAGACACAGUUUCCAUUGAUUCAAAAACUGAAGAUUUCGAUGAAAUUCGUCUGGCUGCCUAUCGAGAUAUCUGCUUGAUUCCUCUUCGAUAUGUGUCUGAUAACUUGCUCCGUGAGCAUCUUCCAGAUUUCUUGCCCCCAGUUACUCAAAUUGUGUUAAGUUCUCCUGAUCUUGCUGUUAGACAGCUGGCUGUAGAUUUUAUGUCUAGAUUAGCCUAGAUUUGUUCAACACCUUUGUUUAAAAAUCAAAUUGCAUUUCAAUUAAAGCCAAAACUUAUCACUUAAUAAUUAUUAUUAACAAGAAUAAAUAGUUUCAAAUUGAUAUAUU